GGCGGUGUUGGUCCCGGCUGGGGCGAUAGCGUGAGGGUGCCCGAGCGCCGCUGUUGCCCCCUUUUAUCCGGGAGCCCCAGGUCCGGGCCGAGGAGGAGGAGGCGUCCCGGCCGCGGAGGGAGUCCGAGCGGCGGCAGCAGCAGGAGUCUGUGCCCGGCCCCCCUGCGCUCAGUCCCGUUACAACCCCCUCCCUCCGCGCUCCGCAGCCACCAACAUGUCGGCGCCGGCGGCCAAAGUCAGUAAGAAGGAGCUGAACUCCAACCACGAUGGGGCCGACGAGACCUCAGAAAAAGAGCAACAGGAAGCAAUUGAACAUAUUGAUGAAGUACAGAAUGAAAUAGACAGACUGAAUGAACAAGCGAGUGAGGAAAUUUUGAAAGUAGAACAGAAAUACAACAAACUCCGCCAACCAUUCUUCCAAAAGAGGUCAGAACUGAUCGCCAAAAUCCCAAACUUCUGGGUAACAACAUUUGUCAACCACCCACAAGUAUCUGCACUGUUGGGGGAAGAAGAUGAGGAGGCACUGCAUUAUUUGACCAGAGUUGAAGUGACAGAGUUUGAAGACAUCAAAUCAGGUUACAGAAUAGAUUUUUAUUUUGACGAGAAUCCAUACUUUGAAAAUAAAGUUCUCUCCAAAGAGUUUCAUCUGAAUGAGAGUGGAGAUCCAUCUUCAAAAUCAACUGAGAUCAAAUGGAAAUCUGGGAAGGACCUGACAAAGCGCUCAAGCCAGACACAGAACAAGGCCAGUAGAAAGAGGCAGCAUGAAGAACCAGAAAGUUUCUUUACCUGGUUCACUGACCACUCUGAUGCAGGUGCUGAUGAACUAGGAGAAGUCAUCAAAGAUGACAUCUGGCCAAAUCCAUUACAAUACUACUUGGUUCCUGAUAUGGAUGAUGAAGAAGGUGAAGGAGAGGAAGAUGAUGACGAUGAUGAAGAGGAAGAAGGGUUGGAGGAUAUUGAUGAAGAAGGAGAUGAAGAUGAGGGGGAAGAAGAUGAAGAUGAUGAUGAGGGAGAAGAAGGAGAGGAAGAUGAAGGAGAAGAUGACUAAUUAAACACUGAUGGAUUCCAACACCCACCCCUCCUUUUCUUACCUUUUUAAUUUUUCUCCAGUCCCUGGGAGCAAGUUGCUGUCUUUUUUUUUUUUUUUUUUUUCCCCCACCCUUGUGCUCAGUCACCUUGUUCUCUUGAGGUCUCUUUUUCUCUCCUCUACACCAUGGUGCACCAUUUUAUUUUGGGGAAAAUACCCUGAGCAGAAUACAGUGGAAAAUAAAAUCUCUACCAGUUUCUGUUCCAAGUUCAUUUUUAUCCCUUUCUGUCUCAAAACAAAAACUGUUUAUGGAAUCAACACACCAUGUUCUGUGGGAAAAAAGAAAACCUUCUGCUCCCUUCACUCUGCUGGAAGCUGAAGAGUGCUAGGCCCCUGUGUAGUAGUGCAUAGAUUCUAGCUUUUUUCCUUCUUUCUCUGUAUAUUGGGCUCAGAGAUUACAGUGUCUCUAUGUGAAUAUGGACAGUUAGCAUUUACCAACAUGUCUGUCUACUUUCUCUUGUUUAAAAAAAAUUAAAAAACUAAAAAAAAUGGGGUAUAGAAGGUCAGCAAGGGUGGGUUUCAGAUGUUUGGGUGGGUUAAGUGGGCAUUUUGACAACAUGGCUUCUUCUCCUUUGGCAUGUUUAUUGUGAUGUUUAACAAACAUCCUUGCAGUUUAAGAUGACACUUUUAAAAUAAAAUCUUCUCCUAAUGAUGACUUUGAGCCCUGCCACUUGAUGGAGAAUCAGCAGAACCUGUAGGAUCUUAUUUGGAAUUGACAUUCUCUAUUGUAAUUUUGUUCUUGUUUAUUUUUAAAUUCUUUUUUUUUUUUUUUUUUUUUUUUUUUUUUUUGGUUCACUGGAAAGGAAAGAAAGAUGCUCAGUUUUAAACGUUAAAGUGUACAAGUUGCUUUGUUACAAUAAAACUAAAUGUGUACACAAA